AUGUGGACGUCUGUACUUAUUACAGGAAAGUGGAUCAACAUCAUUUCCGACAGUGCAUCGUACAAGAAGGUGAAUGGGUUUGGGGUUAAAGUGACGGGCGAGAGUCACAUGCUGCUCGAGGUGAAGGCGUGCCAUGGGGCAGAGAUACAGCUGCAAGAAGUAGACACAGGCACAGGUAAGGAUGAGGGUGUACUGUGGUGGGUGGUGGUGGUGGUUCAGCUCCAGAGUCACAUGCUGCUCGAGGUGAAGGUGCGUCAAAAUGAACAGAGAUACACCUGCAAGAAGUGGUCACAGGCACGGGUAAGGGUGAGGGUGUACUGUGGUGGUGGUGAUGGUGAUGGUUCCUGGCUGUACUGCAAGCUCGGCGGCGACUUGAACGAGUGGACGGCUGUGUCUGCCAGCGAGCUCUGUGACGAUGCUGGCUGUGAAUGGCUCGGAUACGACUACCGGCCUGUGUUGGACUGUGACAGCUUCAAGCCGUUUUGGCUGACCUGGGACGCGACUGGAACAUUCAGUGUUGGGAGAGGGGAUGUACUUGGUUCGGAUGUGCUGGUGACGGGGACUGUGACGCCGUUUGAAGUCAACUUCUUCAUGGUGUCCCACAAUGACGCCAGUGUUGUGGCAGAAUGGAAGAUCCUCGUCGACGAACCCCCGACGUUCAUCAGCCCGGCGUCACUGGGUACCACGGUAGUCGACGUUGGCGAGGAUACUCCCAUCGGCGUCGUCAUCUACACCGCAACGGGGACGGACAACGAGGGAGACGCACUCACCUUCACGCUUGAUACUCAUGACGAUGUAUAUGAGUUGGUUGGAGGAGAACUGAGGGUCAAACAACCCCUGGAUUAUGAAACACUGAACACAUAUCGGCUCCUGAUCAGCAUGUCCGACGGUCGGAACACCCAGCAGGCGAGGAUGACGGUACGUGUUACUAACGUCGUUGAUGAGACGCCGGUGAUAACGUUGUCAGGGACUUUGUCCAUCACGGAGGAGAUGGCAGUUGGCAGCGUGGUAGGUAACCUCUACACCGUGGACGACAAAGACGAGGGGGACACACUCACGUAUGCGAUAAGUGGAAGUGAUAGUACCUUCUUUGGAGUGGACGCAACAUCCGGGGUAUUGAAGAUAGCUCAUAGAAUAGACCGGGACCAAGCGGCCUUGACCUCCGUCUCAUUUGACCUUACUGUAACUGACAGCUCCGGUCUUGGGUCGUCCCAGACAAUAACUGCGACGGUUGUAGACAUCAAUGACAACAACCCUGCAUUCUCAGCGACAUCGUAUACGGUAGACGUAGCAGAGAAUACUCUGAUCGAUACCGUCGUCCUUGACCUUGUUGUGAACGAUGCCGAUGACGGCACCAACGCUGCUUCCAGAAUCGCUCUACAAGCUGGUACUCCCCAAGACCUGUUCAACCUCACCGGAAGCCAGCUGAAGACAGUGACAAGUAACCUGGAUUACGAAUCUCUGUCGGUUUAUGAGUUCAUUUUUACCGUUAUAGCGGUCAAUGAAGACAGUCUGAGAACCGGCACCACGACCAUCAGUGUCAAAGUUACCCCGGUAAAUGAAUUCGACCCGGUUUUUGACACCCCUGCAGUGGACGGCUCCGGUCAGUUUCCGGGAAUGAGUUUAUCAGAGGACGUUCCUGUCAACAACGAAAUCUCUUUCACAGCCUCCGACGGCGACCUGGGAGUUGACGGCGAUGUCACAUUCUCCCUCGUUUCCGUGCUGGACUCGAAGGGAGAAGACAGCAGUGACAAAUUUGUAAUUGGUUCCCAAACCGGUCUCUUAAAGAUAGUAAGCGUCUUAGACAGUGACACCGCAACUGGGGGCGUGGCCUAUCAUGACGUCACAAUCAGGGUAACCGACGGUGCUGUUUCACCCAGAUUCUCGGACGGGACUAUACGACUGACGUUAACUGACGUCAACGACAACGUGCCCAAGUUUGAUUCAACUCAUUAUGCCAUCACCGUCGAUGAAGACAUUGCUGUGGGUGACGUUGUUGCUUCAGUGGCCGCAACAGAUGAUGACGGUGACUCGGUCACACUCACUUUAGAAGGAAGAGGAAGUUCUUUUGAAAUAAGCGGAAGUGACGUUGUUCUUAAAUAUCCCUUAGAUUAUUCUUCGUCACCGCUUCAUGUUUUGACGAUAAUAGCAGAUGACGGGAUGUUCACCACAAGCGCAGUGAUGCUGGUUACCGUUGUAGAAGUCGUCACGACAACAUUAAAGAUCAUUGUUGCGACAAAUGCUGCUAUCCUCGAGGAUCAGGAAGAGGGGACAGUCCUAACGGGCGUGUUUGUGACCCACGGGAACACUGGUGCUGUCACCUACAGCCUAGGGGGUACAAACGCUGGCUUCUUGUCAAUGAACCCAAGUGGUGAGUUGAGCUACAGCUCGCAAAGGAUUGACCGAGAUGGCAGUGACGGUAUAACGACGUUGUCAGACAUUACGGCGAAAGCCGUUGACAGCACCGGUAACGAGGCCACAGCUGACCUCACAUUCAUCAUCACCGACAUCAACGACAAUGCACCGUUGGCGACUACACUAGCACCGACGGCGCAGAUUCGAGAAAACUCGCAGAAUGAUCAGCUGGUGACAUCAUUAGACUUCACGGAUGCUGAUGAAGGUUCCAGCAGUAACAUCACACUCAACAUCGUCAGUGGUGACGUUCACGAUGUGUUCAAAGUCGUCGACUACGACCUUUUUUGUCAGAGGCACCGAGAUCGACUACGAGGCAAUGACAAGCGACCACAGCUAUGGUGUCGUCCUCCAUGCUGUUGACAACCCAGUAACUUCAACACCGUUGACGUCAACAGUUACUGUUCACGUUGAGAUUCUGGGGGAGAACGAGCACGACCCGUCAUGGACGUCCCCCCACACUCGGGGUUGGCUCCACCUUCCCUGACGUGACCAUCAAGGAGUCUGCCACCCUGGGGCAAACGGUGGAGACGUU